AUGAAGAACACCUAUAUUGAAAACCGAAUUCCCAGUGGGAAAUGCAACCCAUACCUGGUAUAUGCAGCAACGCUUGCAGCUGGUAUUGAUGGUAUUGUCAACAAGAUAAAAUGUCCUCCUCCUAACGACCCCGCUGCUCCAGAUCUCCCAUCAUCCCUAGCGGCUGCCUUGGAUGCCCUGAAAGAAGAUGACGUCAUGGUGUCUGCGUUGAGUCAGCAGUUCGUUGAUUGGUUCAUUCAACUCAAAAUGGAAAAGGAAAUAAAACCUUUACAAGAAGCUCCUAACGACGAAAAGAGGUUCCAGAUGGAACUAGAAAUGUAUGCAUAA